CUUUUCAUAUUUCAAUCCAAUGAUAUUUUCCAACGCGGCUUAAAUUGUUUUGGGAAAAGAAUGACAGCUUAGAAAAGCCAGUCUGGUCACACGUUGUUAACGAGAAUAACAUCGCACCCGACCGGGGAUGAGACGACUUUGUUUCUUCUUCUUUGGAGGUUCCAGGAACAGCUAUUUGCCUAUUUCUUCUUGUUUUAUCACUCAAUUCAAUUCCACAAGGUGAUUGUUUUCCUUUUUUUUUUUUUUCUUAUAAAAGUUUGAUACUUUCUCCUCCGUUUGUUGUUUUUCUUUCUUGAAACCCAUUAAGAAGAAGAAGAAGAAGAAAAAAAUCAGUCAUUUGGUAUCUUUCUAUGUAGAUUUUGUUAUGAACAGUCUUUCAUUUGAUUUCCAUUUUAAGCAAACACAAGAUUUUUCUGUCUAAUUCUUAAAUGGAGAAUUAUGGGUCUUCAUCUUCGUACCCAUACAAUAAUCCCUACCCAUACCCUUAUCGUCAUCCUCCUCCAAAUUAUGCUUAUCCACCUCCUCCGAGUUCAGAUUCAUGCCACCCUCCUGCUCCAUAUCCAUACCCUUAUGCGUAUCCACCACCUGCCUACGCAUCACCAUCACCACCACCGCCACCACCGCAACAACCGCCGCAUUCAACGAAUCAUUCAGGCCCUUUAGACUAUUAUCAGCAACAUUCUGGGUCUGUUCCCUAUCCAUAUCCAUACGCUCCAUCUCCAAUUCCACAUGGUUCUCAUACACCAUCCCUUACACAUCAUGGCAGUUUCAAUUACAAUGUAUCUCAGUAUCCUCAUCAGCUUCAAUCGGGCCAUGAUAGCACCCCACAAGGAUCCUCCUUUUCCACUCAUCAAAGACAUGAAAGUUGCCUUCCUUUGGGAACUGCGUCAUCGAUAAAUCAUGAUACUCAUAGUGAUACCGCCAAUUCUCACUCUUCUGCGUACCCACCUUUGGAUGAUCUGAUGAGCAAUAUGCAUUUGACUGACAAUAAUCGCCCUUCUGCUCCUGCUUCCCCACCAGCACCCUCAGUGCCACCACUGCCUGAUUCCCCUGUUAGUCUUCAUAGUUUGAGUUUUGGGCAUGACAGACAAGACUUUUAUGGUUAUCCUAAUGACUCAUUUUCAAGUAAUUACGAGGGGGCAUAUUUGGGACGGGCUGAUUCUUCCGGUUAUUAUUCUGCCUCUGUUUAUGCCCAUUCAAGUUCCUUUAGCGAUUCACGGCAUAGCCAGAGUACGCAGAUUGUGCCUUGGCAGAAUAAUAAAGGAUCUUUGCGGGUUUUCCUUUUACAUGGGGAUUUGGAUAUAUGUGUUUAUGAGGCGAAGAACCUUCCAAACAUGGACAUGUUUCACAAGACACUGGGUGAUAUGUUUGCUAGAUUGCCAGGAAAUAUAGGAAGCAAGAUCGAAGGGCAAAUGAGCCGCAAGAUUACCAGCGAUCCAUACGUUUCAAUUUCAGUAGCUGGUGCUGUAAUUGGGAGAACUUUUGUUAUUAGCAAUAGCGAAGAUCCUGUUUGGAUGCAACAUUUUUAUGUUCCCGUUGCACAUUAUGCAGCUGAAGUGCACUUUUUAGUUAAAGACAGUGAUUUUGUGGGUUCACAAUUGAUAGGAGUUGUUGCCAUUCCGGUUGAACAAAUAUAUUCAGGGGAUAGAGUGGAGGGAGUUUACCCUAUUUUGAAUAGCAGUGGCAAACCAUGUAAACCUGGAGCUGUAUUGAAAAUUUCAAUUCAAUACACCCAGAUGGAGAAACUGAGCAUUUACCAUCAAGGCGUGGGUGCAGGUCCUGAUUAUCAAGGAGUACCAGGCACAUAUUUUCCUCUUAGGAAAGGUGGAACUGUGACUCUUUAUCAAGAUGCCCAUGUUCCAGAUGGGUGUCUGCCAAGUUUGAAACUUGAUCAUGGGUUGUCUUAUGUGCAUGGGAAAUGUUGGCGUGACAUCUUUGAUGCGAUACGACAUGCCAGGCGUUUAAUUUACAUUACAGGGUGGUCAGUAUGGCACAAUGUUAAACUGAUUCGAGAUGCUGGUGAUCCAUCAAAUAUCACAUUGGGGGAUCUGCUGAGGUCCAAGUCCCAGGAAGGAGUAAGAGUGCUGCUUCUUGUCUGGGAUGACCCUACUUCAAGGAGUAUCUUUGGAUAUAAAACAGAUGGAAUCAUGGCAACCCAUGAUGAGGAAACGCGCAGUUUUUUCAAAAACUCAUCAGUGCAAGUGCUUCUCUGUCCUCGCAUUGCUGGAAAAAGACAUAGCUGGGUCAAGCAAAGGGAAGUUGGAACCAUAUAUACGCACCAUCAGAAAACUGUGAUUGUAGAUGCUGAUGCAGGCAAUAACAGAAGAAAAAUCAUAGCUUUUGUUGGUGGACUUGAUUUAUGUGAUGGAAGAUAUGAUACUCCGCAUCACCCUUUAUUUAGGACACUGCAAACAGUGCAUAAGGACGACUAUCACAACCCCACUUUCACAGGUAAUAAUGUUUCUGGUUGCCCUAGAGAGCCAUGGCAUGAUUUGCACUGUAGAAUUGAUGGCCCUGCAGCAUAUGAUGUCCUAACCAACUUUGAGGAGCGCUGGUUCAAGGCUGCAAAGCCUCAUGGGAUUAAAAAACUAAAAAUGUCAUACGAUGAUGCUCUGCUCAGGAUUGAAAGAAUUCCAGAUAUUGUAGGAGUUCUUGAUGCUCCUUCUGUUGGUGAGAAUGAUCCUGAAGCUUGGCAUAUUCAGAUUUUUCGUUCAAUAGAUUCAAAUUCUGUUAAACGCUUCCCAAAGGAUCCCAAAGAUGCCACAAGCAAGAACCUGGUGUGUGGGAAGAAUGUCCUUAUUGACAUGAGCAUACAUACAGCCUAUGUGAAGGCCAUUCGUGCUGCCCAGCAUUUUAUUUAUAUAGAGAACCAAUAUUUCAUUGGCUCCUCAUUCAACUGGAGUUCAUAUAAAGAUUUAGGUGCUAAUAAUUUAAUUCCAAUGGAAAUUGCUCUGAAGAUUGCUGAUAAAAUCAGAGCAAAUGAGAGAUUCGCCGCCUAUAUUAUUAUUCCAAUGUGGCCAGAGGGUGUUCCAACAGGUGCUGCUACACAAAGGAUUCUAUUUUGGCAGCAUAAAACUAUGCAAAUGAUGUAUGAGACAAUUUUGAAGGCUUUAGAGGAGGUUGGACUUGAGAAUGUGUUCUCACCUCAGGAUUAUUUGAACUUCUUCUGUCUUGGUAAUCGUGAGUUCACAGACACGAAUGACACUUCGAGCAGUCCCACUGCUGCAAACACUCCUCAGGCACUCAGUCAAAAAAGCCGGCGAUUCAUGAUUUAUGUCCAUUCAAAAGGGAUGAUAGUGGAUGAUGAGUAUGUAAUAUUGGGAUCUGCAAACAUAAACCAGCGUUCAUUGGAGGGCACAAGAGACACUGAAAUUGCAAUGGGAGCAUAUCAGCCUAAUCAUACCUGGGCAAGAAAACAUUCUAAUCCACAUGGACAGAUAUAUGGAUAUAGGAUGUCACUAUGGGCAGAGCAUGUUGGAGCUAUUGAGGACUGCUUCACACAACCAGAGAGUCUUGAAUGUGUUAGAAGAAUUAGGACACUGGGGGAGAUGAACUGGAGACAAUAUAGAGCUGAUGAGGUUACAGAGAUGAGAGGGCACCUACUAAAAUACCCAGUUGAAGUCGAUAGGAAAGGUAAAGUGAAGCCUAUUCCUGGAUGUGAAACUUUCCCUGAUGUGGGCGGAAAUAUAGUGGGUUCAUUUCUUGCCAUUCAAGAGAAUCUGACCAUCUAAAUAGAAAAGGGUUAGACGCCGAAGCCACAAGAGUUUAAUAGAAGCACAAUUUCGAGAUAUGCCUUCUAUCUGAACCUGUUCAAGACCAACAACACACACACUCCCUCCUCCCUAUUGGCAUUCGCAUUGACAUUCACGCUUCGAGGUAGUAAUUCUUAUUAUGAGUUGCUUAUCAAAAAAAGAAAAAAGAUAAAAAUCUUAUCAUGUGUUCAAGGACCUGUGAAGAUGAGAUUGUUCUUGUAUAUUUUUGUAUACAUACAAUAACAAGAUAAAGAAUUAAAGAAUUUUUUUACCU